AUGGAAGAAUUUAUACUAACAAAUGAUAUUACAGAAAAUAAUAAAUGGCAAGAAGAACAAAAGAGUUUAUUUCUUUCAAUGUAUGGAAUUAAGGAAAAUGAAAGUAUAGAUAUGGAUGGUAAGAUAUUAAGAUUGCACCCAAAUGUAUUUAGCCCAAAACAUUUCCCAGAAAGUAGAUGGUACGCUUCCACAUUAGCCAAUAAAAUAGUUAAAAAAGGUGAAAGUUUCUUAGAGAUAGGUGCUGGUUCCGGCAUUUCAUCAUUAUAUGUUUCAGAAAUUGGAGCAAAUGUUACAUCAGUAGAUAUUAAUCCAGAUGCUGUUGAGAUAACUAAAUUAAAUUUUAAAUUAAAUAAAUUAGAAUCAAAUGUAUUUCAAAGUGAUAUUUAUAAUUCAUUACCAAAUGGAUCAAAAUACAAAUACAUCUUUUGGAAUCACCCAUGGCAAGUUUCAAAUGAAUCUGUAAUUCAAGAGCUAAGAUCUGAAAAAACAUUAGACCAAGGUUACAUUUUAUUAACUCGUUAUAUAUCAGAAUCUAAAAAAUAUUUAACCGAUGAUGGUUUUCUAUUACUCGGUACCUGUAACUUUGCAAAGAUCGAACAAAUUAUUCAAAUAGCAGAUAGAUUAGGGUAUAAAAUCGUAAUUAUGGAAAAGGGUAGUGCAUCUUUAAAUCAAAUAGCCGGUGUUAAUGAAACUUAUUUUAUUUUAAAAUUUGUUCCAUUAUAA